AUGAGUUUGACAGAUGAAAAAGUGAAGGCAUAUCUUUCUCUUCACCCCCAGGUAUUAGAUGAAUUUGUAUCUGAAAGUGUUAGUGUAGAGACUAUAGAAAAAUGGCUGAAGAGGAAAAACAACAAACUAGAAGAUGAAUCAGCUCCUAAGGAAGUCAGCAGGUACCAAGAUACGAAUAUGCAGGGAGUUGUAUAUGAACUAAACAGCUACAUAGAGCAACGGCUGGAUACGGGAGGAGACAACCAACUACUCCUCUAUGAAUUGAGUAGCAUCAUUAAAAUAGCCACAAACGCUGAUGGAUUUGCACUGUAUUUCCUUGGAGAGUGCAAUAAUAGCCUGUGUAUUUUCACACCACCUGGAAUAAAGGAAGGAAAGCCCCGGCUCACCCCUGCCGGGCCCAUCACCCAGGGCACCACCAUCUCUGCGUACGUGGCCAAGUCCAGGAAAACAUUGCUAGUAGAAGACAUCCUUGGGCUUUCAAAAGAUUUAGAAGUAGACUUGUACACAGGCUACACCACCCGGAAUAUCUUGUGCAUGCCCAUCGUGAGCCGAGGAAGCGUGAUAGGCGUGGUGCAGAUGGUGAACAAAAUAAGUGGCAGUGCCUUCUCUAAAACAGAUGAAAACAACUUCAAAAUGUUUGCCGUCUUUUGUGCGUUAGCCUUACACUGUGCUAAUAUGUACCAUAGAAUCCGUCACUCAGAGUGCAUCUACCGGGUUACCAUGGAGAAGCUGUCCUAUCACAGCAUAUGCACUGCAGAGGAGUGGCAAGGCCUGAUGCGCUUCGACCUCCCCGGACGUCUCUGCAAAGAGAUUGAAUUAUUCCACUUUGACAUUGGUCCUUUUGAAAACAUGUGGCCUGGAAUUUUUGUGUACAUGGUUCAUCAAUCCUGUGGGACAUCCUGCUUUGAGCUUGAAAAGUUGUGUCGUUUCAUCAUGUCCGUGAAGAAGAACUAUCGUCGAGUUCCGUAUCACAACUGGAAACAUGCGGUCACGGUGGCACACUGCAUGUAUGCCAUACUUCAGAACAAUCACGACCUUUUCACAGACCUGGAGCGCAAAGGACUGCUAAUCGCCUGUCUGUGUCACGACCUGGACCACAGGGGCUUCAGCAACAGCUACCUGCAGAAGUUUGACCACCCCCUGGCGGCUCUCUACUCCACCUCCACCAUGGAGCAGCACCACUUCUCCCAGACCGUGUCCAUCCUGCAGUUGGAAGGGCACAAUAUCUUCUCCACCCUGAGCUCCAGUGAAUAUGAACAGGUGCUCGAGAUCAUCCGCAAAGCCAUCAUUGCUACAGACCUUGCUUUGUACUUUGGAAACAGGAAACAGUUGGAAGAGAUGCACCAGUCCGGAUUGCUAAACCUUAAUAAUCAAUCACAUAGAGACCGUGUAAUUGGUUUGAUGAUGACUGCCUGUGAUCUAUGUUCUGUGACAAAGCUGUGGCCAGUUACAAAAUUGACAGCAAAUGAUAUAUAUGCAGAAUUCUGGGCUGAGGGCGAUGAAAUGAAGAAACUGGGAAUACAGCCCAUCCCUAUGAUGGACAGGGACAAGAAGGAUGAAGUCCCACAAGGCCAGCUUGGAUUCUACAAUGCUGUCGCCAUUCCCUGCUAUACCACCCUGACCCAGAUCCUGCCCCCCACGGAGCCUCUCCUCAAAGCUUGCAGGGAUAAUCUCAGCCAGUGGGAGAAGGUGAUUCGAGGGGAGGAGAGUGCGACGUGGAUCUCAUCCCCGACCGCAGCCCCAGGGACCUCCAAGAAGCUGCCCGUGAAGAGCGCGACCACUGACCACCACUGA